UCCUAACGUGUCUAUAAAUAAACUACUUAGUUUCCUAUCAUCUGUUGAUUAAAGCUCUCAUUUAAUGCUUCCACUCCAAUAAUCCAAUACUCCUUGCACAACAGAUUACAUCAAAGUAAGAGAAAUGGCACUCCCACAAUCGUACGAAGAAGCUAAGACUAUCCCAGAUGCCUGGGACUACAAAGGCGGCCAAGCCCAAAGAUCCACCACCGGUGGUUGGGCGGCUGCGGCCAUGAUUUUAGGAGUUGAGGCUUGUGAGAGGCUGACAACUCUUGGUAUUGCUGUUAAUCUUGUUACCUACUUGACUGGAACAAUGCAUCUGGGAAAUGCUACCUCAGCUAAUACUGUCACUAAUUUUCUUGGAACCUCCUUCAUGCUCUGCUUGCUUGGUGGUUUCAUUGCUGAUACAUACUUGGGAAGAUAUCUCACCAUUGCCAUAUUUGCUGCUGUUCAAGCAACGGGCGUGGCACUCUUGACCAUCUCAACCACGAUUCCAAGCCUGCGACCUCCAAAAUGUGCCCAGGGCAGUCGCUCGUGUGUCCAAGCUAGUGGCAAUCAGCUUCUAGUCCUCUAUGCAGCACUCUAUCUCACAGCAUUGGGAACCGGUGGCCUGAAAUCAAGUGUUUCCGGUUUUGGGUCCGAUCAAUUUGACGACUCUGACGAGAAAGAAAGGAAAAAAAUGAUAAAAUUCUUCAAUUGGUUCUUUUUCUUUAUUAGUGUGGGUUCCCUUUGUGCUGUGACAAUUCUUGUGUACAUUCAAGACAACGUUGGAAGGCGAUGGGGUUAUGGAAUCUGUGCUUGUGCAAUUGUGGUCGGUUUGCUCGUGUUCUUAGCUGGUACACGGCGAUAUCGAUUCAAGAAACUUGUGGGUAGUCCAUUAACACAGAUUGCUUCUGUCAUUGUGGCGGCUUGGAGGAAGAGGCAUUUAGAUUUACCGUCUGAUUCGUCCCUUCUCUUUAACGUUGAUGACAUUCCUAUAGAAGGAAGCAAAAAGAAGCAAAGGCUGCCUCAUAGCAAACAGUUCCGUUUCUUGGACAAGGCCGCAAUCAAGGACCAUGAGAUGACCAUGAACAAGUGGUGCCUUUCAACUUUAACUGACGUUGAAGAAGUAAAAUUAGUGAUCAGAAUGCUACCCAUUUGGGCCACAACAAUAAUGUUCUGGAGUGUUCAUGCCCAGAUGACCACAUUUUCAGUCUCUCAAGCCUCAACGAUGCACCGGAAAAUCAACAACUUCGAAAUCCCUUCUGCAGCAAUGACCGGAUUCUUCGUCGGAAGCACUCUCUUGACCGUCGCUUUUUACGACAGAAUUAUCAUGCCAAUAUGUAAAAGACUGCUCAAGAAUCCAUACGGGCUAACUCCUCUCCAAAGAAUUGGCAUUGGCCUGUUUUUGUCAAUAGUAGGAAUGGUAGCCGCUGCGGCUGUUGAAAUCAAGCGUUUGCAUGUUGCAAAAUCUCAUGGCCUAACAAAUAAUCCCGUCACCCCUGUGCCAAUGACUGUAUUUUGGUUGAUCCCACAAUUUGCCAUUGUUGGAGCUGGUGAAGCAUUCAUAUACGUUGGACAGCUUGAUUUUUUCUUGAGGGAGUGUCCAAAAGGGAUGAAGACCAUUAGCACGGGUUUGUUCUUGAGCACGCUUUCACUGGGGUUCUUCUUUAGCUCAGUUUUGGUCACCAUAGUGCACAAGGUGACAGGAAACAGGAAGCCGUGGUUAGCUGAUAAUCUUAAUCAAGGGAAGCUUCACGAUUUCUACUGGCUUUUGGGGAUUUUGAGCGCAUUGAACUUGAUGUUCUACUUGAUUUGUGCUAAAUGGUAUGUUUACAAGGAGAGGCGGCUGGCGGAUGUGGGGAUUGAGUUGGAGGAGUCCGUGGGACCUGCUUGCCAUUGACGAUUGCAAAGGAGAUAAUCUUUUUUUUGGGCUUUGGGGAAAAUCUACGUUUUCUGUUUUGAGUUCAACAAACAAAUCCUCUUUGAAGAUUACGAAAUAAUGGGGGAUUAAUGGGCUGGCUCUUAUGUAUACAGUUUUUGUUUUUGGCAAUAUCUCAAAAGAAUGUAAAAGGACCAUACCUAGUUGUACUUUCAUCAAAAGCUGAGUAAACUGAGGAACUCGUAUGAAGUUUCUGUAGUAAUCACAAACAAACCACUGCUAAG